AAGUAUUGACCUUUCGCUCGACGUUCAUCUGCUCUUCUGGCUCAUCAUCCUCAUCCUCAUCACCUCUCAACAGCCUCUCAAAGCCAGCAGCUUAUUCCUCUUCAUCAUCUUCUUCACCCCAAAGCACAACUUGCUCCUCCAACUUUCAAAAUGAAGACCACCAGCUUCCUCUCCGUCGUCUUCCUGGCGGCUUCCGCCAUCGCUGCCCCCUUCCAGGCCGAGACCCGCGAUGUCGACGUCUCUGCCCGCAGCCUCGAGGUCGCUUCCGGCGCCGAGGUCGCUCGCUCCGCCGAUGUCGACUUUGAGAAGCGCCAGGGCAGCAUCUCGGACCUGACUGGCCUGCUCGGCGCCCUGAACGGUGCCCAGGGCGGCGCUAUUGGCCCCCUCGGCUCCCUGCAGGACAUCAUCGCCUCCGUCCAGAACGGCGAGACCACCCCUGAUGCCGGUGCUGCCGCCGCCCAGCCCCAGCUCGAGGAGAUUGAGCAGGUCCUGCAGAACCUCGUCCUCCAGCUCACCGGUGCCGCCGGCCUGACCGUCCGCCCCAGCGAUCUCAAGAUUGUCCUCACCCUCGUCAACACCCUCCUCGGCCAGGUCCUCACCACCGUCAACGCCCUCGUCCUUGUCCUCGGCCUCCGCCCCCAGCUCAACUCCCUCCUCGCCUCCGUCCUCGGCCUCGUCGCCAAGGUCCUCACCCUCCUCAUCGGUCUCCUUGCCGGUCUCCUCCCAGGCCUCAUCGCUGGCCUCUCUCCUCUCCUCGCCGGUCUCGGCAACGGCCUCCUCGCUCCCCUCCUCACCCCCAUCAUUGCCGCCCUGGUUCCCCUCCAGAACCCCGGCCUCCCCGUCGUCUAAGGCGUAGCUCGAGCUCUCUGUUUUCCAUUUUUGAGCACUUAGCGACUUCACAUUGGCACACACACGCACACACAACAAAACAUGUACCCAAACAACUAUCACACAGGCUGCGCUGUCUAGCUCAGCCAUGUGUCAACACAAGAUCCAGUUGGGGAAGGUGUAAGAUCAGGGGAACCCUAUGCUCUACUAAAGCGACUCUGCGAAGAAGAACGGGCCCCCAGGGCAGUAGGAGGAGGGAGAUAUAUAUACCACGCAGUGCCAGAUCUGUUUCGGCUCCCGAGCUGGCGCGACCAUGUAUAGAUGCAGGAUCAAAAGGAAGUUUUUAGCUUUGGCAAG